AUGAAAUAAUAACCAUAAUAAAAGAUUAUUUUAAGUAUGUAAAGGUAUAACGUUGUUCAUUUAAUUAGAUUGGUAUCCCCCAGAUAAAAUUUUUAAUUGAGAUACACAAAAAGUAUUUCCAAAGAAUCUAAGAAUAGGAUGAGAACUGCUAGAAAUAAUGAAUUAGAAAGAUUUCUAAUAAAGAAUCAAAAUGAUAAUGAAAUAAAGAAACGUAAUACUAGUUGUAAUUGUGAGUAAUGUGGAAAGAUGAGUUUGUUUUAGAUAAAAAUAUGGAAUUAAAUCUCUUCGUUUGAGGCAGCGUAUGUCAAAAUUCUAUUUUUUUUCUAAGUUAUACAAGAAGGAAAAGAGUUUUUAAGCGCUUUAGAAUAGCUGGAUAUGCAGCCUAAUUUUUGGUUUUUUAUAAAUCAGAAUAAAUAAGAAAACACAAAAGACAGAGAUAUUUACAAUAAUUCCUUAAAAAUCCUUAAAUUAAUGUUAAACGAGGAACAAUGAUAAUUUAAUCAGCACAUUCACAUAGAUCUCNUGAAAAAAUUAUGAAUGACCCAUAAACCUUAUCAGAAAAUGAAAAAAUGAAACAUUAAAAACUAACGACAAAAUACAAACAAGUCACUGAUGAAAAUAAAAGACUCAGAUAACAUUUAAAGUAAACAUAAACUUUACUUAGACAAUUAAAUGAAGAUUUUUGUAAACAGAGGAUUGAGACCUAAACUACAUUUGAUUCUCUUAGAGAAGAAAUAGAUUUAUUAGUAAAGGUAAUUACAUAUUACUUAUUCUAAAAGGAACUAGCCCCAUUUUAACAAUAGAAAAAGUAAAAUGAUAUUUUAAUAUCUAAUUGA